ACCGCUUGCCUCUUUCUUGCUUGCCAGGAAAACCAUAACUCGCGAACAUCCAAUGAAAUUGCCAAGGCUCCCAACGGACCCUCUAGGAAAGAAAUUAACAAAAUGGUAAAGCUGUUGGAGAAAGAGCUGGAGAUCGGUUCCAAAGCUACAGACGCCGAGAACCUUUGGGGGAGAUAUUGCUCGAAUCUUGGUAUGAAUAGUAUUCGAGAUAGGAACGCUGUGGAGGAGACUCUGAAGAAUUUGAAGAAGUUCGACAUAAGAAGAAGCCCGGCAUCUGUCGUGGCAACGGUUUUGUACAUGAUAGCGCUACGUCUUUCGAAUGGCAAAACUAUUGAAGAUGUGCAUCAAGUAACUGAUGUUGCGAUGGGGACAAUUAGGAGCACAUACAAGGAUAUUCUGGCCUUCCUAGUCGGAGAACUUCAACAGACUUCACACCACUCCUGCUUGAAUGUGUUCGAUGAGAGCAAGAAACUGAUCGGACUAGAAUGUUGGGAUAUUUGGCUUAAUUUCCACUUUUAG